CGAAAAUCGACUGCUUAUUUGCUGGCAGACACACAAUGGACUUGGAGGGCGCAUUCGACGACGUCAUGACGGCGCUCUUGUGCGCCGACAAGCGCGAUGUCGACGAUGUUGCACGCGUCCUAGAUAGCCUUGCGCGCUUUGUCGGCGCCGUUGAUGAGACGCUCACGGCCACGCACCGCAUGACGCUCAAGCAGGUCGGUCGCCAAUGGCUCGCGGCCGUCGAGUCGAUCUGGUACCAGUAUGGCCUCAACGACGAUGCGAAAGACCUCGAAGCGCAGUUUGAAGAGGUGCGAGGCGCGCUCGCCGCCGUCACAGACCAUCCGACCAAGACUUUAUUCGUUCACGAGUCGCUACCCCCGGUUGCACUGCGCGAGCUGAGCUUCAUGGAGGCCGGCUUUGGCUGGCAGACGUGGGGUGCGAGCCUCGUUUUGGCCCACGCGAUUGCCACCGACCAAGUCGACGUACGUGGGCGCCGAGUACUCGAGGUCGGCUGUGGCACCGGCCUCGUCGGCAUCGUUGCCGCCCUCAAAGGCGCGUCCGAAGUUGUUCUCACGGACUUUCUGCCCGAGGUCCUCCAGAAUGCCCGCUUCAACGCCGAGGCGAACGGCGUGCGCGACGUCUGCCGCGUCACCAAGCUCGACUGGCGGUCGCCAACCCUGGACGCAGACGACGACGACCAGCGUUUUGAUGUGGUAUUGGCGGCCGAUUGUUGCUACGAGAUCGAGCACGCCAAGCUCCUCCCGCCCGUGUUUCAAAAGUACCUCGCCAAGACGUCCAUUGAUGCUCGCGUGCAUUUGAUCAACGCGCUCCGAACGGGGUUUGACGCAGAGCUCAAUGCGUGGGAAGCUGCUGCCCGCAACGCGAACCUCACACUCGCGAACGUGCACACGAUUCACGACGAUAGCGCGGUGGACAAUGGCCCCGCUGCCGAGUUUCGCUACUAUCAAAUAGCCAAUCCAACGAGCACAUAGCGUUGCUUUUGUGUCAAUACAGUGUCUUUUACAGCGUUUCCACCAAACA